AUGCUAAUUAAGAAAGAAUUAAUCCCAGCAGCUGAGAUAUUCAAUGGAAGAAAUCUCCCAAAAGAAAAAGAUGACGAUUGGCAUGAAUUCAUGCCAUUUUCGCGAUACAAAAUUCGGCAGAUCCUUUUUGGUAUUGUGAAUAAAAACAAAUCGAAGCCUGCAGAUAGAAAAUGGCAAAAGAAAGCGGCAGGCGGCUUCGGAGAGUCCACAGACAAUUUAUACUCGACAGCAUUGAAAUAUCAAACUACUCGCGACAGUUGGAGGACAGGUGUUUACUGUGGGGCUGAUAAGGAGAGCGAGUGGUCGGUUUGUGUAGAGGCUGCCCGAGGGAUUUUCUCUUUUUGUGCGCGUGGGGGCCUUUAG